AUGAGAGAGAAUUUAGUUGACCGGACAGGGAAGCGAGUAACAUUUGAAAAAACUCUGCCUUUUAAAAAAGCAUUGGAAAAAAUAAAUAAUAACCCUAAACUAUUUUAUGGCCCAUUUGAAACUUAUAAGAGCGCUGCAAAACUCGGUCGCCAUUUUUAUUUUCUAGGAAAAGAAAAAGAGAAAUUUUACCAACUUCUCAUUCCCGACAAUCACCCCGCCUUGGCUUUAUUUCCUAAAUUCAGUUACUUAAAUUACCAAAGACUUUGCUACAUUGAGGGAGCCGAAAAUAUUCCCCUAGAAAAAAAUUCUCUUGAAUACGCUGGUAAUGAAUACAAUAAAUAUCAUAAAUUACUUAAAAAAACUUUUUAUAAUAGUUUGACCAAAAAAUUAAUGAAAAAAACCGAAGUAGAAAUUGUCGAAACGAAUUCGCAAAAAAUUAUUUUCAAAACCACUUAUUCCUGGGCCUUUUGUUUAGGUGCUAAUCAAGAAAAUAAAUUUAAGCAUUAUUCUCUGCCGGCUAAUGCCCUUAACGGCCAAAAAUUACAAAAAAUAGUCCCUAAUUAUGAUUUUUCAGCGACCAUUACUAAUGUUCCGACAAUUGACAUCAAAUUCCCCUCUCUUCGUGAUUACCAACUAGCGGAUGUCAAAUUUCUCAGCCGGUUAAAAAGUGUAGCAAUUUUUAGUGAAAUGCGAACCGGCAAAACACCGAUUUCCUUAAUGACCUUUCAGCAAUGA